CACGCGCUAGCCUCGUUGACAUCAUAGGCGCUCUGCUGCUGAUGUGACGUUAUAUAUUUUCAUAGCAUCAUGUUGCUAGCCGACUAACAUUUGCACACCUUGAUAAGAUAUAAACAGACCGUUUUAUUUUGUUUAUCCUUCAACUUUAAAACGUGUCAAAAUAUAUAAACUAGGUUAUGUCUCAACGGAAAAUUGUAACAUUUGCGUCAAGCUUAUAUUACAAGUCGUUAUUGUGUUAUUAGCCAGUGAAGGCUAUAACGGUGACAUGCUAAUUAGAAUUGGCUAACGUGCUAGCAGUGAGCGUGCCCAGUGUCAACCUUUUUUUCGGAACUAAUAUAAUUUACGUCAAGAGGCUCGAGUCAUGUCGUUGGCAUCCUGAGAUUCAUUACAUGUAGUCAUGAAAGCAGCACUCAGUAAGUAACUGACGUUAACGCUAGUUCUAAACGGCUGCGGAGUGUGGAGAAAUGAACACGCCGUUCGGGAGGACCGGGCUUAUAGGGCUUGCUGUCGGAGCUACAGCCGGUUGUGGCUUGAUUGCCAUCCUAAUUUAUAGGGAGAUCAGUAGGAGAAGAACCCAGAGAUUGGUACUGGAAACCCGGCCAGGUUCCCGGCCGUUUGACGAGGCGGAUGAAGCCGUGCUGCUGCGGGAGACGCUGGAUGCUCAGGAGGUGGAGGCCGAGCAGCAGGCUCUGGCAGCUGUGGAGGCGGUCGUUCAGGGCCUGUCCCCAGAGCAGCAGCUGGAGGUCAGGAACCAGCUGGACCAGGUGCUGACCUGCGUGGCUUCACUGCGCUCAGAGGUGGCUGAUCUGAGGGGCGGCCUGCAGGACAUCGCCGUACAGAUUAUCCAGGAUGUCAAAAAGGGAGUGGAGGACAGUCAGCGGGUACGUCGGCGGCGCCAUUACGUCCACAGGGAGCGCACCGACUCCACCGGCUCCAGCUCCAUCUACUUCACUGCCAGUCAGGGCAUGGCCAGCACGUAUGAGACCAGUGAAGCAGGGUACUCGACGGCCUACGCUGAGUCAGACUACACGGAUCGUGACACAGACAGAGAGGGUGAGCGGGAGCCUGAGCAGGAGUCUGAGGAAGAGGAGGAAGAGGAGGACGAGGACAAGAGCUGUGCCACUGUCCUCACCCUCCGCCAGGAAGACUCCCAGGAAGAAGAAGUGGAGGAGAGAGGGCUGGAGGAGGAGGAGGAGGAGGAGGAAGAUGAGGGGAGGCUGCAGUUGGUGACUGAAGUUCCCAGUGGGGAGCUGGCUCUCCUCCUGGCUCAGAGCGACAUCCUCCACACAGGAGACGCCAGGUUAAAGGCAGAGGGCUUUCACCUGCUGCUAGACAACAGAGCAGAGUAUGGAGACAGCAGGGAGUUUCUAUGGCGACUGGCUCGGGCUUACAGUGAUAUGUACGAGUCGACUGAGGACAAACAAGAGAAGAAGACCUACGCACAACAAGGGCGAGAGGAGGCAGAGUUGGCCCUGAAGAAGAACGGCCUGAAUGCCGAGUGUCACAAAAGGUUUGCUGUGCUGACAGGACUGACCUCCCAGCAUGAGAGCAUGCAUAGCAAACUAAAGAGCAGCCACAUAUUAAAGGAGCAUCUGGACCGGGCACUCGCCCUCACAGAUGAUGACCCCAUGUGUUUCUACCUGCUUGGCAGAUGGUGCUAUGAGGUUGCCACUCUGGACUGGUUGGAGAAAAAGGCUGCUGCUGCCCUCUACCAGAGCCCCCCCACCUGCACACUGCAUGACGCGCUCGAGAACUUCCUCAAGGCAGAGGAGCUCAGUCCAGGUUUCUCCAAGACAGUGAGACUUUACAUCGCACAGUGCCACAAGGAGCUGGGGAACAUCUCUGAGGCCACAAACUGGACUGAGCUGGCUCUGAAGAUGACCACAAACUCUAAUUAUGAUGAAACGUCUAAACUGGAGGCUCAGCUUCAAAUCUUAACUGACAGUAAAAUAUGAAAAACAAAUUUGUGCAUCAGCAGACGCAGCCACUCAGACGAUGGCACUGAUUGGUUUGUCAGGCCGCCGAUCCGUGGUCAUCCAAUCAGAUUUGCACCACAUAUGACACACCAAGUUUCUUUCCCUUCAUUGGUGUAUACCGUCAUACUGUCACUGUGAAAUGAUAUGGAGUUUAUUAAUGUAUAUUUAUUUUCUUUAAUAUGGCUUGAGUCAAUAUCACUAUAAAUAAUAUAUUGUAAUGUUUAUGGUAUCUUUAAUGUUUUUUUAAUUUGUUUGCCUUUUAACUGAUAAAACACAAGUAGGUUUUGUUUUUAGCGUCAUUCUUAAUUCAGUCGGCAUAUUUAAAGGAGCAGUACACCACAGGACAAACAUUUGGUCACAUCCCUCUUGUGGUAUCCAGUCAUGCACAUAGUUUUAUUUGUCAGAACAAUCUCAGACAGAUUUUUUUGGAAGAGAUGACCAAAACCUGCUCGCACAGGGUCAGGAUGCCACAUUUGAAAAAUAUUUCAGAGAAGAGAUGUUUCCCCCACAAUGCAACAUGUGUGGACAUUUAUCACCGCACUGACACCUGGAAACAGCCUGUAGUCGUUUGAUCAGGGAUGUUUUGGAGCUUUAAGGGAAAAGGGACUUUGGGAAUCAUCAAAUACAUCUAAUGAACAUUUGUCUUUGUGGACUAAGUUUUUGAAUUGUAAGCCCUUUUUAAUUUAUAAUAUUUCUGCUAGGUCCCUCUCAUUUGCCCUUUGCCACGUUUGUU